CUAACUGUGAACGGUAUUAGCUAAGUUGUUACAACUACUAAAAAUAGAAGGUUCCAGAAUUAAACUGUAACAAUACUUCCUUUUUUUUAAAAAGCUUGUCCUCAAGCUGAAAAAUUUGGAAACUUUCUGGGAAACACCUCUGAGGGAGUGUUUGCAACAGUUAAAAAAAAGCACUUCUCAGCUUUUGGCUUAAAAAGCACUUAUUUACCAAACACUUCCAAUUUUUACUUUUUCUCGGCUUGCAUGUGAAAAGUGAUUUUCCCUUUUCUAUUACACCAAAAGCACUUAUUUUACUACUAAUCACUUUUUCAUUACAUCUCCAAAAGUGCUUUUUUAAGCAGAAACAGUUGCAAACACUCCCCGAGUCUUCCCAGGUUGCAUCUUCAGCCUUCUGCCCCUUGUACUAAAAAUUUCACCUUAGCACGAUUUUGAAACUUGACCAUUCUUCUCCUCAAUAUUUCUCCACUAAUUCGAUUAUGGAACUAGGAUGGAAUGUGGGUUAUUGCUGGAAGAACUCCAUGAAAUACCUUUAACUGAGAUACAUGAAAAACAUCAUGUAUCUGUGAUGCUUCUAUAAGCUUGAGCUUGUAUGCAGCUUUGCCAAUGACUGCUAUUAUCUGAAAAGGACCAAAAUACUCCCCGAGUCAACCCAGGUAGCAUCUUCAGCCUUCUGCCCCUUGUACUAAAAAUUUCACCUUAGCACGAUUUUGAAACUUGACCAUUCUUCUCCUCAAUAUUUCUCCACUAAUUCGAUUAUGGAACUAGGAUGGAAUGUGGGUUAUUGCUGGAAGAACUCCAUGAAAUACCUUUAACUGAGAUACAUGAAAAACAUCAUGUAUCUGUGAUGCUUCUAUAAGCUUGAGCUUGUAUGCAGCUUUGCCAAUGACUGCUAUUAUCUGAAAAGGACCAAAAUACUUGAUAAGUCCAUUUUUGUACUUAUUUUUCUUAUCAAAUUUAAGCGAUUUUUGAUUGAAAAUAGAAAGAAAAGGCAUGUUUUAGAUAUUUUGGUUCAAGUUUCAUGAAAUCAGGUGAAAACCACAUUCAUCGUAUGUUUGUCGGAAUUUCGGGUCAAUUGAGCACAACAUGAGCCAAUUUGAGCAACAAAUGAUAUCAUACCGAAAGAAGGAGACAUUAUUUCAAAGUGGUCCAGAAGACAAUAUUGAAGAGCACAAAAUAAGGAACAAGCCGGACAAAUUAGGUCACAGGCGGCCGGGCAGGCGGCCAAAAUGAAGGCCUUCGCGGCCGCCUACGGUAUUUUUGGAAAGUCAAACUUUGACUUUGACCGGGUUCGGAAAAGACCGUAGGCCGCCGACACUGGACGGAAGGCGGCCGCCUACGGUGACCGCCUGCGGCAGAAGACGACGAAGCAACCGCCGGCCGGUGGGAUUUGACGGCAGGCGGCCAGACAGGAACGGCAGGCGGCCGCCUGCUGGACCGCCUGCGGCGGCCGGGAUCCGGCGGGAUCCGCCGCGAUCCGAUUUAACCCUGAAAAGACGGCAGGCGGCCAAGGUGUGACGGAAGGCGGCCGCCCUCUGUGGCCGCCUACGGCUGACGGGACCGGCCACGUCGUGUUGCCGGCGACUUGACGGCAGGCGGCCAGAUGCUGCCGGAAGGCGGCCGCCUGCAUGGGCGCCUUCGGUGAAAUUUCUGCUAUAAAUAGCAGGCUUUUUCUACAUCUCAAACACACCUCUUCCAACCCUAAAUCAGUUCAAAACACCUUCUUUCUUCCUCCAUUUUCGAGCUCCAAAGGUUUUAGAGAGAGAGAAACUUCAAAUCUUCAUAUCUUCUUCAUUUUAGCUCCAAAUUAUGUCUGGAGGAAGACGUGACGAUCCCAUUUUCGAGGAGCCACCACUAGGACGGGAAGACCCGCCGCCACAGCCUGAUAUCCCCUUUGCUACUAUUGCUGAUCGCAGACGCUUCCAGGCAUGGGGGCAAUACCGCACACUCCUUCCUCCCAUGAUCCUGGACCCGACGAUGCUAGAGGAAUGGGGGUACUGGGAUGACAUUGAUGCCCUGCUAGGAGACUCUUUAUGGCGGAGGAUUCUAUUCGUUCAGGAGAGGGCCAGCCUUCCAUUGACGAUGGAGUUUCUGUGCUCCGUUCAGUUCACUCAUUACGGACAGGCUGUGCAGGAGGGUGCUGUUAUUGGGUCAGAGUCUCGGAUGAGGUUUACUAUUCUAGGCAUGGAGCACUCCAUCACUGUGGCUGAGCUCGGAUGGAGGAUGGGGCUCUAUACCCCAGCAUACACACAGACUGAGGAGUUCCGUGCUCUUCCGACCCGCUUACCCGAGGCAUUUGACAUUGAUGAGUUCUGGCACAGACACUCCACAGACACCAGAUCAUUUCUCCGGAUGCACCCCCAUUCGAACAAAUGGAGGGAGACUCACUGGUACAUACUCUCGUUCGUACUUUCUUGUGGUUUUUUUGGACGACCUAACAACACAAACAGGUUGUCCAAAAAGGACAUACUAUUCUUUUGGAGUUUGAUUCACCGCAUCCCGGUGAAUAUGGCUGUCCUUAUGGCUCGUUUCUUCCGGAGCCAGGGGAAGACUGUGCGGCGCACUAUCCAGGCAGGGCCCUUCAUCACUACCCUCGUUAGAUCAUUCUACCCAGAUCUAGACAUUCCAGGGCUAUCACAUUUACAGGAGAGCAUCCGCGUUCUUCGAUCCUCAUCCUUUACCAACAUGAGGAUCAAGAAGAAGCGGAACACUCAGGAGCUCCCAGGUAUUGAGCAGCCGACCCAGCAGAGUAGUUCUUCUCGACCCUCAGGACAUGAGGGAUCUAGCGAGCCCUUUUCAUACAUGCCUAGCGCCGCAGAUUGGAGAGCGAUGAUGGACGGGAUGCGGAGUCUCCAGACUUCAGUUUCAGAGAUGCGGGUUGCACAGGACAGAGGACUCCAGGAGAUGCGAGAGGCGCAUGAGACGGCCCUGGGAGAGUUCAGAGACUUUCGAUUAGCUCAGGAGAGAGCCACCCAGGAUAUGCAGGCGGAGCUAGAGACCCAGAGGCUAGAUAUUGAUGAGAUGAGAGAUUGGCUUAGGCCACACUAUGGCCCCCAGGAUGGCGCAGGCGAUGUUUAGAUUUGCUUCUUCCUUAACAUUUUUAUCAUGUUUGUUUGUUCUUCAGGUUGGACAUUGCGCUGCUCUUUUGACUUGAAUGCUCUUACAAACUGACUAUGGAUGAUGUAAGGAUUUUUAAAACCAUUUUUUCUCCUGUUUCAUUAUUCCUCUUCACAAAAUCUUUUCAAAACUCAAGUGUGAGGAAAGAACCAAAAAAAAAAAAAAAAAAUGUGCCUUUAUUUCCCAAUUUUGUGCCUCAAAAGAAGACCUCGAGGGCGAGGUCCAGCUCAAGUGUGAGGAGGUUGCGUUUUACACUCAAAAGUUAAAACCUUGUUUUAGAACAAUCUUUUUACUAUUUUUGACAUGAAACAUUAAUUUCUCAAUUUGUUAUCAAUCACAAAAUAGUUUAGAUAAUCACCCUUAUUAUAAGAAUUCACUUUUAUUAUUAUUUUUAGAAAACUUAAAUUUGUUAUGGGUUUUUGGUUGCGAAUGUAAAGGGCCGAAUUUGUUUUAAUUGGACAUUCAUUUUUUUCAUAAAAAAAAAUGUUACUAUUAAUAAACCUCUUCAAAACUCAUUGUUAUAGGACAAUUCCAUCUCCGAAAAGGGGCUCUGUUUCAUUCGUUAAUCACAGUCUGUGAGAAUGAAAUAUGCAUUUACCAUGGGAUAACACCGCCAACAAAGAGUGAAAAAGAGCAAAAAAAAAAAAAAAAAAAAAAAAAAAAUGGUGAACAAAAUGAAUGUCCAAAUUAGAAUAAUGAAAACUUUGGGAUAAGGAAUUGAUCGGUGGUUUAACAUAAUCAAUAGUUUUCUUUAGUAAUAAUAAUAGUAAAUUCAUAUAUCUUGGGUGAUUUUUCUAAAAAAAAAAAAAAAUUGAGAAUAAAAGAGAGGUUUUUGUUUCUACUUCUUUAAUAGCAAUUCGAUUGUGAUAUAGUCAGGUUUUCCCUUUUUGAGUGUGUUUCCAACUAAUUCGUCGCUUGAGGACAAGCAACGCUUAAGUGUGAGGAGAUUGAUAAGUCCAUUUUUGUACUUAUUUUUCUUAUCAAAUUUAAGCGAUUUUUGAUUGAAAAUAGAAAGAAAAGGCAUGUUUUAGAUAUUUUGGUUCAAGUUUCAUGAAAUCAGGUGAAAACCACAUUCAUCGUAUGUUUGUCGGAAUUUCGGGUCAAUUGAGCACAACAUGAGCCAAUUUGAGCAACAAAUGAUAUCAUACCGAAAGAAGGAGACAUUAUUUCAAAGUGGUCCAGAAGACAAUAUUGAAGAGCACAAAAUAAGGAACAAGCCGGACAAAUUAGGUCACAGGCGGCCGGGCAGGCGGCCAAAAUGAAGGCCUUCGCGGCCGCCUACGGUAUUUUUGGAAAGUCAAACUUUGACUUUGACCGGGUUCGGAAAAGACCGUAGGCCGCCGACACUGGACGGAAGGCGGCCGCCUACGGUGACCGCCUGCGGCAGAAGACGACGAAGCAACCGCCGGCCGGUGGGAUUUGACGGCAGGCGGCCAGACAGGAACGGCAGGCGGCCGCCUGCUGGACCGCCUGCGGCGGCCGGGAUCCGGCGGGAUCCGCCGCGAUCCGAUUUAACCCUGAAAAGACGGCAGGCGGCCAAGGUGUGACGGAAGGCGGCCGCCCUCUGUGGCCGCCUACGGCUGACGGGACCGGCCACGUCGUGUUGCCGGCGACUUGACGGCAGGCGGCCAGAUGCUGCCGGAAGGCGGCCGCCUGCAUGGGCGCCUUCGGUGAAAUUUCUGCUAUAAAUAGCAGGCUUUUUCUACAUCUCAAACACACCUCUUCCAACCCUAAAUCAGUUCAAAACACCUUCUUUCUUCCUCCAUUUUCGAGCUCCAAAGGUUUUAGAGAGAGAGAAACUUCAAAUCUUCAUAUCUUCUUCAUUUUAGCUCCAAAUUGUAAGUUCUUUAUAUGUAUUUUCAUCUUCUCAACGAGUAGAAUCUGAAUCUGCACUUUGUUUGUUCAAUCUGUUCUUCGAAAAUUUCC